AUGGUAAAUAUUCUGUUUAUUUUGCUUCUACAGAAAUGCAUCCUCUGCAGACAUAGAAUUAAGAAAACCUCUGGAGCCUGCAUUCAGUGUUCAUACGGACACUGCCCAGCCUCCUUCCAUGUCACUUGUGCCCAUGCUACAGGAGUGCUGAUGGAACCUGAUGAUUGGCCUUAUGUUGUCUACGUCACAUGCUUCAGGCACAGGAUAAACCAAAAUAGAGCUAAAGCAUGUGAGAAGACCAUUACAGUUGGGCAGACAGUCAUCACGAAACACAGGAAUACACGAUACUAUAGUUGCAGAGUCAUAAAAGUAACAUCUCAACUUUUCUAUGAAGUCAUGUUUGAUGAUGGAUCUUUCAGUUUGGAUACUUUUCCUGAAGACAUUGUAAGCAGAGAUUGCCUCAGGCUGGGCCCACCUGCACAGGGAGAGGUUGUCCAAGUGAAAUGGCCUGAUGGAAAACUGUACCGUGCAAAGUAUCUGGGAACAAACACAACUUACAUGUAUCAGGUUGAGUUUGAAGAUGGUUCUCAAAUUGUAAUGAAGAGAGAAGAGAUCUAUACACUAGAUGAAGAGCUUCCUAAGAGAGUAAAAGCACGUCUUUCUACAGCAUCUGACAUGAGAUUUGAAGACACAUUUUAUGGAAUAGAUACUACCCUGGGAGAGAAGAAGAGGCAGAGAGUAUUGAGUUCCCGCUUUAGGAAUGAGUAUGUGGAUGAUCCAGGCUACCGCACCUUCUUAAAAAGCUCAUUCCAGAAGAAAUGCCAGAAGGGGCUAUAA